CCGCUCGCUGCUGAAGUGUGCACACAUUUACUCAUGACCGUUUCAUAAUGACUCAUUUGAGCAGGAGUCAUGCAGUGAGGGAUAUUUUGAGUGCACUCAAAGGCAUUAAGCAGAAACAUGAAGAAGAUUCUGGCCAUCUUAAGCUUAACUGCAUUUCUCUGCUGCUGUGGUGUGCAGAGCGAUGGAUCUUAUGACUUGCGACAGCAGAUCCUUAACUCUGGGACUGUAGUCUUUUUAGACUUCCUGGAGAAAGUCAGAAACGCUACAGAGAAAUUAGUGAGAGAUGAUCAGUUUAGAAAAUCAAGAGUUUCUAUUCAAGGAUACGUGGAAGGCUUAAGAGAGUUGGCAAAACCUCGAAAAGAUAGUGAGCGUGCUACAGAGAGCCAGGAGAGUUUAACUAUAUUGCCGCAGAGAUUUUUUACGUUAAUGGCUGGUGGUACAUUUGGGGCAACGUUUCGGCAGGUCUUUGAUGAGUUUUUCUAUCCGUAUAUAAAGAUUUACCGCGAGACCCUAAAAAACGACACAAUGGCCGACAUCUGGAAAGAAGUGGAGUCCUACUAUCUUCCAGGAGCUCCUCCAGUCUACAGCAAACCCAUGCAGUUCUUCAGUCACCUUCUGGCUAAGGCGGUGGUGAAGUCCCAGCUGGUGAACAUGCUUGAAGCUGGGGUGAAUACUGUUAUUGAGAUUGGAAAAGUAGAUUUUAACCAACUUCAUGAGGACGUUCAGAUACUUAUGGAUCAGAUCAGACAGAAGGCCUUUGAAAUUUCAGUUUUGGAAAGACAAAAAGAGAAGAAUGAUUUCCUUAUAUCAUUAAGAACUGCAUCUGUACUGAUUGUUUUUUACUGGGAUAAAGUUUUGGAGCACACUGAAAGCCCACCGUUCCAUGCCAAAUACUUGGAUUCAAUGAAGCAAUGGGCGGAGCUAACUAAGUUGAAAAACUCAAGUGAAAAGUAUCAUGUGCUUUUAGACCCCGAAACAAAGCGCAGUUUUUUGGAGUGGAAAGAACUUUAUUUUAGUGAAUUCUGCGAGGCUGCGACCCAGGAAUAUUAUAAUCGUGGAAAUGCAGCUCUUGGCUUGGAAAGAUUCAAUCAGUCCACCUGGGCUGUCGCCAAAAGCGUGGUUGUUUACUCUCUUCCUGUUUAUGAAAAACUGUCUGAAGUCGGCUUUGGGAUUUCUGAGAUCAACAGGUUUCUUCUCAAAGUUAACCACAUAACCCUUACUCUCGAAGGGAACAGGUUAUCCUCUAACAGACAAACCAUGUUGGAGGAAUUAAUUCGCAUCACUUUGUAUUUACUUACUGCAGUCAUUGACAAGGAGAAAACCAAUAGCAAAGAUAACUAUCUAUUACUGCCUUUGCGAAUCAUUAGGAAAUUGGUCGUCACGUUGUGGAGCGAAUAUCUCAGAUUUGAAGAUCGUGCAGCUAUUGAGGGAGCUACAUUUAAUCGAACAAUGAGCGAAUGGAAUGAUAUGAGGAACAUCAUCAUUGAUGAGUUGGUGAAAAGUAACGCAUUCACUCGAAAGCAGCUUGAAGAAGCACCGAAAAACUUUGUUCAAGCCAUUCAUCAGACCCUGGAUAAACUGAAUCAGUAUUCUAAUCUUUUUGACGGCUUCGAUGAAAGGAUCGAUCCAACUUUUGUAGUCUUGAAGAAUUCCAUGCUUCGCUCAAUCGACAGCUUUAAUGAUUUCUGGGACCUGCUGUUGGAGUAAACUCUGUAUUUGAAGCAAUAAAAGAGAUUAUACCAGCAGUAUAUUAACUGUACUUAACUGUAACGAAGAUGCUGUUAUUGCAUACCUGCCUCUGAAAGAAUACCAGGAUAAUUGCAAUGGGUUUGAACACUGAGUAAAAUUAAUUCCACUCUGUUUGAAUGCAAUCCUUUGUUUUCAUUAAAACACGAUUUGUUGCA